GGAAAUGGUGGUGUCCUAGCAACUAGGCUAUCUAGUAGCUACUGACGAUUCCAAUGACUCCUUAUAAAGAAACGGCCGGGCAGGAACGAAAGAGAGUCGGUCCAGCCGCUUUUCGGAGUUUGAGAAAGGAAGAGAAGCGGCCUUUCGAAUUGCUAGCGCCGCUGUUCAGCGCCUUUUCCCAAGGUUUCGGUUUUGACAGAAGCUCAGCAACUUCUGCCCCUAGUUCCUCUUGGUCGUGCUAUCCAACUGUCGUCUUGAAGCUGCCCCGAGUUUUUAGAAUAGUACCCUGGUAAAAAGUGGGGAGGCGAGGUCCCUUUGCAACCCACACCUCACCCGCCGAAGGAUGCUUGAGUCUAUUCGAGUCACUGAAAAGCUUCACUGGCCAGAGCAAGAACUGUCCAAGAAGUCCAUCUUGAAGCCUGCAGAGCAGAAAUUUCUUUGCAUGAAUGACACCAGAAGUGUUAAGUCCUGCAUCCUUAAGGACAACUUCACCACAGGGACAAGCAGCUACAAUGUUUUGCUGCAGAGCAAAGAGGAAAAAAAACAUCAGAAACAUUCAUCAACCCACCACAAAAGACUCCGGAAGCCCACCAAACCCAUUCAUAGCUCACACAGUAAUGAACGCCACAAGGUUAAGACACCACUGUUCAUUCCCCCAAAUGGGUGGUGCUGUUUCAAAAGGCACUCCUCCUAUUUUAUUCCCAACUCACUCCGCAAUGGGAUUAAAUUAGCACAAAGUAUUUCAGUAACUGGGAACAGCAUAGGAUUGUCAACUCCACCAAAGAACAAAUCUAAAAAACAUUUUACCUUUAGCCUAGGAAAGUCCAAACAUUUGCAAACAUCUAAAAGCUGCUUAAAAGAUGGAGAUGCCACUGGUCGAAAGUUUUGUAUCCUCACUGCAAUCAAGCCUUCCAAUGUGGAAAGAGAGAAGCUAAAGUUCUUCAAAUCAGAUUUUACCUCUAACCCACAGUUUGAAUAUGCAAGUUCUGUCCUGCCCAGUGUACUUGAAAAGUACAGCCAAGCAUCCAGCUUAUUUCUUAAACAGGCUAUCAGAAUUAUGGAACUCACUUUGCAAAAAUAUGGAAGCUAUGAAAAUUUUGAACAGUCCACCGGAGGAAGCCUGCUGCCUAGGAGUCGCAUCUGGAAUCAUGUCCGAAAAUAUAUGGCGAAAGAAGGCUGCCUGGGCGAGAUUGUGGUUCAUCUUUCUGAAGAUUUGCUUUCUCGGGCAUCAAUGACUGUGGUGAAUGGCCGUCCAACUCUUACUAUCAAUAUUUCCACUGCAAGGGAACAUUGGUUAGAAGGGAUGCUCAGGCAUGAAAUAGGAACCCAUUAUCUUAGGGGGCUUAACAACAAUAGCCAAUUAUGGAACAAUUUGAGUGGGCGCCGGAAGCACGGGUUAAAACCCAUCAACCCCACUGAGGAAGGCCUGGCAAGCAUUCACAGUGUUCUGUUUCGAAAAGAUCCUUUCCUGUGGCGGGCUGCCCUCCUGUAUUACACUGUCUACCAAGCCAGUCAAAUGUCCUUCAGAGACCUCUUUCAGGACAUUGGGAAGUUUGUCACUGAACCCAAUACUAGAUGGGAUUAUUGUGUUCGAGCCAAGAGGGGUUGGACUGAUACUUCACAACCAGGGUGCUUUAGUAAAGAUCAGGUCUACUUGGAUGGCAUCCUACGACUUCUAAGAUACCGACAUUCUAUUGAUUUCUACUUAUUGACAGCUCUAGGAAAGGUUUCAUAUGAAGAUGUGGAUCGUCUGAAGGAUUUAGGAAUGACUGAAAACAUGAGAGUGCCACAUUUUUUGCAAGACUAUUCUCGGUACAUGGAACAUUUAGAAAAGAUCAUGGAAGUCAAUGAGAUAUCUGACUCUGAACUCCAAGCUCUUGUAUCCUAAACCAACCUAUAUCUCUGUUUCACAUGAGUCACUCUUAUGUUUUAGUGCUGAUAUAACUCAUAUAUUAAUUGAACUUAUUUUUGAUCCCUGGCAAAACCCUUAUUUUUGAUCCCUGGCAAAACCCAUAUUUUUUGGACCUGGCUUGUUUUUUAAGACUGAAAAACUCUAGCUACAAAUUUGAAACUCAUUGUUUUCAUAGAAAGAAAAUUCCCAUUUUAAAAUGGCAGUUUUAAGUAUGAAGCUAUAUGUAAACCAAGCAGAUUAAAUUGUAGCUAUAACACAGACAUAUCUUUUAAGAAAUUAUUGUGUAGAUUUAUCAAUAGCACAUUUUCAGAUUCUACUGGCUUUUGUAUUGUCUCUCUAGAGUACACUAUUUAAUAUUUGGGGGGGGUUAACUUUUUUUGAUUUGUUAGCCAAUUGUCUUUUGCUAUAUCAAUAGGGUCAAUGCCCUACUGUGGGGUUUGCUAUCACCACACUCACAAUCUGUGCUUUAACCAUUAGAAUUGCAAGGAUACCACUAAAUGCUUGAAAGGUACUGGAAGCAUGGCUAUGUUUCAUGACUAUGGUUGUAUGCUGUAGUUUUGUGGAUUUUGCAUUUACAGUGUAUAAUCCAUUUGAUGUCGGUUUGUCUCAUUGAAAUUCAGUAAUGGGAAUUAUGUGAAAGAGCAGAGAAGGAAAAUGAUCUCCUGUCAUGUUUAUUAGUUUCCUAAGCGCAUUCCACUGACUUGUCUUUAUAUUUUCAUAUUUCAGAAAAUUUAAGGAGAUGACAUUUUGUUCUUUAUUUUAUUUUUGAUCAUGUAUAAAUAAAUUUACAAAAGGAAAUUGGAAAGAAAUAAAACUUGG